GAAAAUAUAAAAAUGGUCGAAAAUAAGAAAUAUGGGAUAUCUUUUAUGAUGAAGAAAGAAUGUAUAUUACUUCAUACUUUUAUUUAUAACUUUAGAGGAGGAGGAGAGUUUGAUGUAAAUGGAUUAAAAGAUGAUUAUUGGAUUGAGUUGAGUGACUAUUUUUAGUUGUAAUUAUCAUCUUUUAUUAAUUUAUUAGUUAACAUUAAAUUACCUUCAAUGGAAUAUAUAAAAGUGGAAAUUAGAAUAUAAUGUUAAGAAUGUAUAAGGAUAGGCCUUUUUAUUAAAUGUAAUAUUUUAAUUAAAUAAUCAAUAGUGGAGGGGGUUUUUUUGGUUCAAAUGGAAAGAAAAAGGGUAGUUGGAUGGAUUUUGGUAUUGAAUUUAGUAAGUAUGAAUAAAAUUAAAAAUUUAAAGUUUGACUUAAAAAGCUUAUACAGGGAAGUAUAAGGAUGAUAAAAAAUAUGGCAAAUGGGAGAUCAUUUAUUAAAAAAAAAAUGUUUUUAAAAAUUAAAUUAUUUUAUUAGUGGUGGUGGAUCCUAUGAUUC